UUCCGGGGAAAGUGGGAGGGGGAAGGCCUAUGGAGGCCCAGCCUGCCGGGGGCUUGGCUGCCUGGCGGAGGGGAGGACGGCGCAGCCCGCCCGGGCUCGUUAGAGGGAGCUGUCGGCCAGAGGGAGCAGUGCUUGCUGCAGUGAGGGACCCACUCCUGCUCGCCGCCGCCGCCGCCGCCGCUUCCACCUCCUCGGGAGCCGGAGAGAAAAGGCGAGACUCGCGGAGGCGAGCGAGCAGCAGGAGCGUAAAAAGAGGCGGCGGCGGCGGCGGCGGCGGCGGCCAGCGGUCACGGCGCAGCCUCUGCCCAAGGAGAGCGCAGGGCCCCGCCAGCCACGGUCGCGGCCCCGCUAUGAACCUCGCCGGCUCCUCGGGACCGGCCCCGACCAAACAGCCGGCCAGGCGGAGGGAGCAGCAGAGGAAAUAGGGAGCCGCCGAGCGCCCCGGGCCCGUCGCGUUGGGGCCAGGCCAGCCACCUUCGUGUCCAUGAGCCCGCCGCCCUCUCGUCAGAGCUGCUGCUGCCGCCUCCGCCGCCGCCAGCAGCCGCCGACCCGGGUGCACCCCUCCGCCGCCGGGCCCGGUUUCCCCGGCCCUGCCGCCGCCGCCUCCUUCCCUCUGCGCGGCAGAAGGAAAAGACUUCAGACCCCAGCGUGAAGAGAAUGGCUGUGACUUUAGAACAGGCCCAAAGGGCGGGCUGUAUGUUUCUGAAAGCACUCUUAAGAUUCGGCUUCAUGGUUGCUAAUAACCUUGUCGCUAUUCCUUCCUACGUUCUAUAUUUAAUAGUACUGCAACCUCUCCGAUUGUUGGAUAGUAAACGGUUCUGGUAUAUUGAAGGAGUAUUAUUUAAAUGGCUUUUGGCUAUGGUGGCAUCGUGGGGCUGGUGGGCAGGAUAUACAGUUGUAGAAUGGGGAGAUGAUGUUCAAUCCAUCUCAGAAGAUGAAGCUGUGAUGCUAGUGAACCAUCAAGCAACUGGAGAUGUUUGCAUUCUAAUGAUGUGCCUUCAGGACAAAGGCACGGUUGUUCGUCAGAUGAUGUGGCUAAUGGAUCAUAUUUUUAAAUAUACAAAUUUUGGAAUUGUAUCUCUACUUCACGGGGAUUUCUUUAUAAGACAGGGAAAAGCUCAUCGUGACCAGCAGCUUGAACUUCUUGAGACACAUUUAGAAAAAUAUUACAGGAGCCGAGAUCGAAAGUGGAUUGUAUUGUUUCCAGAAGGUGGCUUUCUUAGAAAAAGAAGAGAAACUAGUCAGGCAUUUGCCAAGAAAAACAAUUUGCCAUUUCUUACACAUGUUACACUGCCAAGACUGGGGGCUACACAGGUUAUACUAAAAAAUCUGGUAGCUCAGCAAGAAAAUGGAACUCUGGCUGGUGGAGAUGCUACAGAAACAGAAAUCAAAUCAAAAGGUCUUCAGUGGGUGAUAGAUACAACCAUUGCGUAUCCCAAAGCUGAACCUCUAGACAUUCAGACCUGGAUUCUGGGUUACAGGCGACCAACAAUAACCCAUGUACAUUACAGGAUUUUUCCAAUUAAAGAUGUACCUGUGGAGCCUGAAGCCCUCAGUGUUUGGUUAUAUCAACGGUUCAUUGAAAAGGAGGAUCUCUUGUCACACUUUUACAGAACAGGAGCAUUCCCUCCGCUGCAGGGACAGACAGAAGCUGUUUCCCGAGAAAUGAACCUUAGCAAUCUGUGGCUAGUUGCCGUACAGUUUCUUGCAUUUUUGUCAGGCGGUAUGUGGUACUGCAUUCUUCAGUAUUUUUAUCAAUGCCUAUUUUAAAAGGGACCUGAGGACACAAUUGGGAACCAGGUACUUCUGUAGAGCGCAUCAUGUUAUGUGUGCAAAUGUGAAUGUACUAGGAAGGAACAUACUGGAUGGACUUUCCCCCCUUCUUUGGGGGAUUUUAAACUUCACUAGAAGUGAGAAUCAGUAACAUAGCAACCUAAAGAUGUAUUUUAAGAACUGUCCAUAUUUUUAAAUGGUGUGUGUUGUCCCGCCUCCACACACACCCAUCAACAAAUUCAGCAUUUGAACAGGAGACACAAUUAUACAACCACCGUGGGUGAACAUCUGGAGCAAGAAUGCUUUUACCACAGGUAGUGUCCAGCAUUGUAGUUGAAUCUUGGAGUCUUCAGCAACUUUCUCUUCAGUAGUCUGUACUGCAAGUCUUGUGAUAGAGAUCCCUCAUCUGCACAAACUCAAAUUGUAUUGUGAUGAAUCAUUCUGGAUCAGUUUAACCUAUUCUGCAAACCUAGUUAUGGUACUGUGACUGCCCCAUGUUACCUGUUUAGUAACAGCGGUGUUUUGGUUCGGGGGAGGGAAACAACAUCUAAGUGAGAUCUUGUAUCAGAAAUAUAGAAAAGGAAAACUAUUCUGCACAAAGGCUUUGCAGUGUCUGUCAUGAAGUAUUGAAAAAACUGUGCAUACCUCAUAGAGCCAUUUAUUUCUGCCCUCUUUUUAUGAAUUCACAUCUCUUGCAAGUAUCUCUGUUGUAAUGAUACUUCAAAAAUGGCAUAUUACUUUAUCUAUUUUCAAUUUUGGUUUUAGAAUGCAUUUCAUAAAUUGAUCAUUGUUUUUGCAGAAUGCACUUUUGAAAAUGCAAUACAGUGAAGGAAAUGCACUCAGCUUGGCUGAAAUUUAGUUGUCAUUCCUAACCGGUUGGAUUCUUGAGGGCUGUUAAGAAGCCUGUGAGUUUUCAGUGCUAAAGCAUACGAGUCGCCACACUCUAGCCAAAGUGGGAAGGUUUUUAAACCUUUAAGAGGCCUUUAUUUCCAUUUGACACAAUAGCACUAGAAACACCCAUGAGAGGGUUUACAUACAUAAAUGCCAAGCACCUCAGUACUUUGCUAGUAGGAAAAAGAAAAGGACCUUAGCAUAGUCUUAAAACAGUGUGUUUAGUCACUGGGGUAAAAUAAUAGGAAGAUCUUUUGAUAUCCAGAGCUAUGGCAAAAAUUACCUUUGGAGGGCAUUACUAAGUCUGCCACUUUGUUGACAAGUUUUGCUGUCAUAGAAAGGGAAUUUAGCUCAAGAGGCAGCCGUCGCAUUAAAGCAGGGUUUCAGUUGAUACAUGUUACAGUUUAUAAUGGUCUUGGAGAAAAACUUUCUCUAUGUGUUAUCUAUUAGUCUCAGAAUGUUUGGCAUUAUGUCUCUAUGACUACACAAAGAUAUAUAUAAGAGAAAUCAUUCCUAGAAAACAGUUACUAAUUUAAACGUACAGACCUGUAGAGUGAACUUUAAUGGCAGACUAUUGUCUUUUAUGGACUGUAUUAUUUCUGAGAGCAGAGUCAAGCCAACAGUAGUUCUCUGUGCUGAGUUUGCAGUAUCUGUUCUCCUGUUUUUUCCCCCCAAAUCACAUGAGAACCAGUUUUGGUGAGUAGUAUAAAAAAUAAAAAUAUAAAACCACAGCAUCAUAUUUUUCUGUUGUUUGAAGGGGGGGGGGGGCAAUCAAAAGACAUAAAUUUCCCCUAGUUAUGUGUGUAAAAUAUCACUUAGUCAAAUAUGCCAAAUAUUGAUGUUUACUCAUGGAGUUCAUUACAGCAUGGGUUAUAGCUACGGUGCAUUCUAGAAGAUGCAGUGAUAUAUACUGAACUGAUAAGAGUGAUACCUUCAUGAAUUAAAGUCAGAAAGCAGCAUUAAUGCCUAGCAUUUAACCUUGAACAUAGAAUACAGGUUGUUAAAUGAAGUUUUUUGACACGUGGACAACUGAAUAUCAGCAUAAGAAUAAAAUCCAUUUUGAGCAAGAUAUUUCCUGCAAAAGAAAGCUAUUUGGAGGGAUCAGAGUUUCUUCCCUUAUUAUCUUUGCCUUCAUGAACUAUGGCUAAAGCACUUCAGUUCACCACAUUGCGGGAAAUUGUCAAGGAGUUAGUUCCCCGUCUCUGGAUUUACAUGGCUAUAAAUCAGAGUUCUACUCUAGGAGUCAGUUAUCACUGGCCAGGAUGCAGAGCAUCAGCUAUUGUGACUGUGUCCUAUUUUAAGAAGGACAAAGUUUUUCUAAAAAGGAAGGUGUGUUUCAAAAAGUGAAUAGUACAUGUCUAAAAGUGAGUAGUACUUGCAUUGUAUGGGUUUCCUGAAUGAACACAAGACACCUGCAAGAAGACAGGUUCUUCUGCCUUCCACCCCAAGUUUAUUUUUAACAGAUAUUGGUCACAAUGGCCUGUGACAGUACUGUAAAUACUGAGUUGCUGGCUAAUGAAACAAAAGUGGAUGGCCGUGUAAGCUCAACAUAACCAGGCAUUCUACUUCAGCCUGCUCGUUUCUGUGUGGCAGGAUUUCACUGUUUAAGGCACUGAUGGGAUUUGAAUAGAUAGACUAUUUCCCUGAUCCCAGUUGCAUUGUGUGAAGGUGUAUCCCAUUUCUUUUGUGAAACUCUACCAAGUAGCAUGUUUGGAUAUACGCAGCAGUAGGUUUUUUUUUUUACGGUCUAUACUGGAAAAUGUGAAGAAUGUUAGGUAUCUGCUUCAUGAGUGAAUACGGAUAUUGGGACUAAGAAUUCUUAAAUAAAAUGUACAAUUUCAUCUCAGACUUGGACUACUAUCUUCAAACAGCCUACUUAUUCUACAAUAGCCCCUCUGAAUUCAGCAAGACCAGUUCAAAGUGAAUUUGUCUUAGGACCACAUACUUGUAAGAAGAAAGUUGGCAAAGAAGUACUUAUAUGUAUACAUUAUAUGCAUAUUUAUACACAUACCCAUAUAAGGUCCUGCAGGGAUACACUAAGGUGGUCUAGACUGUUUCAAGCAUAGCUGUUCAUUUGUUAACACCCAGAACAUCUUUAAAUUAUACUGAGUUAGGUUGAUUGGCAACUACCAGUUCAGUCCCCUAAGAUGUGUUAUGCUAAAUCUUGUUUCCUAUCAGUCAUCAUGGUGAUGUAAACACCCUUCCAUUAUUUGCAUCACCUAAUCUGACAUAUACAAUAUCAUAGUCACUUAACCCAGUGAGCACCUCCCUGUUCCACACUUGCAUUUCUUAACCAAGAUUAGAAUUCAUGCUUUGCUAUCAGCGUUAUUGAAAGGAGUUUCACCUUGAUUGGAAAUACUCAAAAAAAGAGAAGAGGUUCUUAAUUUGUAUUCAGUUCCUUUGAGUAUGCAGCCUUCUGAAUAUAUACAGUAGGAUGCCAACUCCUGUCACGCUCCAGCCCACCAAACCUCUAAUGGUAGUUUGAUUUGCAUGGGAUCAUCAUGCAAAGCAUCUUCUGAUAUAAUUCAGACUUUAUGAUCAACCAACUCAGAGAAACCAGUUUCAGCAGCCUCAUCGUGGAAAACUGUAAUAAUACGACUCGUCUUGGGAUACCUGAAUACUGUGGGUUUCUUUGGCAAAACCCUGAUAAGUGAAUGGGAUAAGCCAUUUUGCUGUAAUCUGCCCACAUUUUCUGUUAUAUUUAUUUUGGAGAAUAAUGUGCCCAAUAAGCCAUAAUUUUAUCAAAUUUAACAUUCACAUUUCAGUUUUCAGUAGUAUGGAAAAAUAUGUACAACACAAAGGCUGAAAAUUACUGUAGAAAAAUUGGCUGUAAUGUCUGUAGAACUGCUUCUUUCCUGACUCUUAUGUGUGUGUUGGACAUUCAAUUGCAUUUGUCUUUUAUAGUGUUGCAGUUUUAUGUCUGUGUCAUAACUAGGUAAUGUAAAACAUCAACUAGAAGAGACUUUUAAAAAUAUUUUAUGAGUCAUUUACUAACAAGAAGCCAUCAAAGUCUUAACAGUUUAGAUUUACUGCCAUUCAACAAUGUGUGCCAUUCACACACAGUUUUUAUCCUCCUCCCUGAACUGACAAUCUUUCUACAGGUUUUUGUGUGUAACUGUACACUCUGUAAUUUUGUGGAAGCAUUUCCUCUUAUGGUUUUAAAUCUUACUUAAAAGAGUUUUGUAGGAUUCAGGGGGCUAGAGCUUUCUCUUGUUUGGAAUCCAUCCAAAUAACUUCUGGUUGGCUAGUCCCUGGUGAGUCAGACUUGACCUUUCUUCACUUUCUUAGUCAACAACUGAUGACUUGCAGCUGAAUGUAUUAACUGCCUCUAUUGAAAAUAUUUGUCUUUUUGAGAUUACUUUUACUUGAAUUGCUUCAGAAUCAAAUGCAUAUCAAGAGGUAAGCAUGCAUGUGUGAACUGGCCCAGUUUAAACACAGUUAUGCCAAAAAAAAAACCCCUCAUACCAAAUUCUGUUCCUGCAAAGCCUCCAGUAGUUGUAAUAAGAGCAUCCCAUAUUACUCCAGUGGAAUCAGUGGCGUACCGCUAAUGGGGACGUGGGGUAUUCCCCACGCCGUUUCGUCAUGUGGGGGAGCACUGGGUACCCCCCACAUGAUGAAACAGCAUGCACCCGAGCUGCCUGCCACAGUGCUCCACCCCCCUCCCGGGUUCCCUGCAGGCUGGCUUCUGCCCUCCCCAGGCCCUGGGGAAAGCAGGAGCUGGCCUGCAGUGCCGGGGUGUGUGUGUGUGCUCAGUGACAGCGGUACUCGCCUGGGCUUCCUGCAGGCCAGCUUCUGCCUGAGCCCCAGCCUCACUCGCCCUCCAUGCUGGCUCCCAUAAGUGGGGCACAGGGAGCUGGGAGGGGGGGAGGUAGGCAGCCAGCCAUGCCCCCAGUCGCCAUUUAGGCCCAGUGCACCACUGAAUGGAAUGUGGAGCAUUGGCACACUGACAGUCUUUGUGCUCAAAAGCUGGUUUUCUUAUUGCUAUGUAGUGAAUAGCUUCACUGUCAUUAGAAAACUACAAGCAUAUUUAAACAAACCAGUAUGAUGGCAGUUAGGCUUCAUGGGCGAGAUCCAACCAGCUUUUCCACUGAUGAAAAAGGGUAUGCUGAGGAUCAUGGGAUGUGUAUGGACCAAAGCUAUGUAGGACUGGAGACUGUAGAAAGAAGGGGAAUUAAUUGAGAUUGAAAUACAAAAACUGAUUGGAUCAAAUCUUGCAAAUUGCCCCCGAUAACUUGUUGCACGUUUGAGACCAAACAUAAGUGGCGCCUUAAAAGACUCACAACACUUACUGCGACAUAAACUUCUGUGAGUUCAACCUCACUGUUUUGGACAAAGUAAGGUCUGAUUCAUGAAAGCUUAAGCUGGGAUAAAAUUGGUGGUGUCUUAAAAUGCCUCUGUAUUUAGGUUUUAUUUUGCUGAAACAAAGUAAAACGAAUAUUUUUCUGGAAUUAUUAUUUGGGACCAAAGUUAGUAAAAAUUUGGAAUUUUCAAUUUGCAGGUUACCCUAGGGGAAUAGUAUUGAGAGAUGUUUGGUGAGCUUUUAAAAAAUUUUGUUUUCCUUUUUGGUUUCCAAAACCAGAUAUAGUGAAGGGGGCUUAUACUUAAAGUGCUGUAUGGAAAUUAAAGAGCCAUAUAAAAGAAAUUGUGUAUGAAAUGGCAUUUUUGCCAAAUUAUGCAUUUUAAUGUAUAGGGGUAAAUUGUAAAGGGAAAAUAAAACUCAGUUUACAAAGUCAUCAAACUAUCAUAAUCAAUUUUCAGUUGCUUUAUUUCUGUUGCACAAAACAUGUGAAUUACUUGUUCUCAAAGUUCUUAAAGUGUGUAUGACCAGGGGGGAGGGAGGGGAGUCUAUGCAUUUCAUUGCUAUACUUUUUGAAUUUAAUGCAGUCUUUUUCCCACUGUGUUGUAUAUCUAUAUUAACUCCUCUCUUUGUGCCACAUAUGAUCAGAAUGAAUGCACAACAUUGUAGUGUGAUUUUGUUAAAGGGCUGGUCACAUUUGGAUUUAUGUUUGAAUUGAUUUCCUCAUAAAAUUCAUUAUAAACUAUCAGUGUCCUUUUUAAAGCUAGAUACAGAUACCAAAAGAUGGUUUUUUUCUCAGUGCAGACAAAUAGAUGGCAUUCUUGGUUUUGUUGUUGUUGUUCUAUUUGGAGAAUCCCUCACCCCACCCCCAUGUUUUGCGCGUUAUAAUCGUUUAAAUGGAUAUUUGACGAGGGGGGGAAAUUGCACCCAUUUAAUUUUACUUACCAUGCAACUUCAAAUCAUUGGUCACACUGACAGUUUGUAUAUGGUGUAUUAACAGUACGACUGAAUAAACAGGUCUUUUUAUAGCUCUCAGGAUUAUCAGAGAUUCAUCUUUCUGUGCAAGAUGGGGCUAGAUUUGAACUAAGACGUACUGUUGUGUAAAGCAGGGAAGAUGCUUCUACCAUUUUGACUCAAAUUUGUUAAAGUAUUGAUCUUGCAUUAAUUUUUACAAAGGUCUAGAAAACAAUAUAAACCUGUAGACCUUUCAUGUUUCUUGAUAGACAAUCCAGAAUUCAGAAAUAGUUUUCUGUGGGACUUCAGUUCCUUUCCAAUGAAGAAUGAUGCUGUUAUAUAUUUUAUUAUUAUGUAGCCAUCUAAAUUUAAGGCAUAUUUUACUUUUUUGAAAGCAAUGUUGUCAUUCAGUUUAGCUCUCAACUAAGGCCUAGUUCAGAUGAACAUCAUUCUCUCUCCAGAGGAGUACAUUGGAUUUGCUAGGUUUGUGAGCCCGUGAAAUUUGUGUGGAGGCACUGUAUAUGAGAACCACCACCUCCAUGUGUGGGGCACCUCCAUAACUACAGUUGCGUGUCUCUUCUUUAGAGGUAUCACAAUUGUGCAGUUUGGAUUUGACAUGUAAGCAGUUCCUAUUUUGGGUACAUCAGAUCGUACAAACAGUGCCUGGAUGCUACCAGGCAGAAAUCUGGUACCAGUUGUGCACAUUAUCAAAAUGCUUGCAUGGGAGCCACCAUUAGUCUGAACCCCCAGUCAAUGGUCGCUUGUCCCUUUUUAACCAGUAAUUUGGUACAUGGAAACACAUGGAACUCGUAGGAGCAGACCGAAGCCCCUUGCGCAGUCUGAAGGAGCUGUGCAAUGGUUAACGUCUACCUCUCUGUUUCACUUCCAGAUUUUGUUUGGGUUUGGAUCUGUGUGUUUGUGCUAAUAAUGAAAAGUGCUAUUUGUAAAAAAAAAGUUUUAAAAAAUAUGGAUAGGAAGAACCUGAAAGCUGAAGCUUAAAGCACCAAAGGAUCCAGUGCUGACCAGCCCUGUCCUGCACAUAUUUGACAAAAGCCAUUGUUUUUAAUUCUUAAUAUAAACAAUGUUUGUUUGUAAAGUUCCUUCCUGCUGGAAAAAUAUGUAUUUUUAAAAGAAAAAAAAUCCCUCUUGGUUAUAAAGAAUGUCAGCUGUAUGAGCAGAUGUGACCAUAUCAUAACAUGCUGAUCAGAUAUAAAUCAAUAAAAUUUAUACCUCUCAGGUCUGAUAA